AUGGGCCAGAAGGGUAGUAAGAUAAAGAUUACAGAACAGGAUAAAGCUGUUCUUCAAUUGAAACAAUCAAAGGAUUCCAUACACAAAUACACUAGACGAACCAGCGAUUUAAUUAGUCAUGAGAAACAAGAACUGAAAAUAUUAAUUCAGAAUAAUCCUAAAAAUUAUAAAGAAAAUAAAAAAAUAAGGUUUCUAUUGAAAAGAGUCCAUUAUCAGGAACAUCUUUUAGAUCAAGCCUCUGACCAACUAAUAAAUUUAGAGAAUAUGUUAUCCAAUAUAGAAUUUAAAUUAGUGGAAAAACAAUUCUUCGAAGGUUUAAAAAAUGGUAAUAGUAUCUUAACUAAACUGAAUAAAGAAUUUGCAAAUGUGGAUGAAGUUCUAGAUGAUAUGCAAGAACAAAUGGCAUACCAGGAUGAAAUUAACGAAACCCUUGCUCAACAUGUGUCUGGUGUCAAUGAUUAUGAAGACGAAAUUGAUAAAGAAUUAGACGCAAUGGAGAAUGAACUAAUGGGAAAACAAAAACAAGAACAAGAAGCUUUACCAAAUAUGCCAUCCGUAGGGAGAUUACCAGAAUUAGAAAAUACGAAGCCAAAGGUAGGAGACUUUACACCUGUAAAGAGUCCAGCCAAUAAAGAGCAACAAGGACAGGAACCGGCUCUGUUGGCCUGA